CAAGGUGCCUGUGCCCUGUGUAGAGGUAGCAAUCAAAAGGCUUGGGUUCGAGUCUCGCUUCUGUCAAGGCUUUACUGUGUAUUCCCAGGAAACCCCUUCUGCCGCUGAGCCUUGCCAGUUUUCGUAAUCUGGAAAAUUAAGAGGUUAAGAGGUUGGUUUUGUGAUCCUGCAGUUCUGGGGGCCUAAACCUCUGGCCCUCCUUCUCCACCUUCUGGUCCGUGCAAGCUUGGCCCCAGCCAGCCCCGAGACUAAGCGUAGGGCAGCCAAGACCAGACCAUUUGAAAAGUGCCAAACACCCCGCUCCCAGACAGAACUCAAAGCCGGAGGCGCGGCCUGAGGCCAAAAGGGCGGAGCUCUGACAGGGGCGGGGCUGAGGCCUCCUGGAGGUGCGGCGCGGCCCGCCCAGGAGUGUCUCAUCCAGCCAAUGAGCGCCCGGGACCGGGACAGCCCCGCCUCUGGGUAUAAGAGGGCGCCGAGUCCGGAGGCACGACGCAGAGGUCUAGCAGCCCGACUGUGUAGGUGUGCAGGGUCCUUUCAGCCCUGAGCUGGGGUGCACAAGAGCUCUGAGUUCGGUGUGUCCUGGGCUGCGCAGGAGCACGGGUCGGGUUCGGUUUUCCUUUGCCCGGCUGAGGUGCGGAGAAGGCAAGGGGCUCGGAUCCCUCGCUGCAGAGGAACAGCUUGCCGGGACCCGGGGACGCCCGCGCUGACCAUCGGCCCGCUGCCGCCGCUGCCGGCAGUCGUCCCGCCGUCAUGGCCGACCACCUGAUGCUCGCCGAGGGCUACAGCCUGGUGCCGAGGCCGCCGACUGCCGCGCCCGCCCAUGGCCCUCACGCGCUUCGGACGCUGCAGCCCUACUCGGGCCCGGGCCUGGACAGCGGGUUGCGGCCGCGGGGGGCUCCGCUGGGCCCGCCGCCGCCUCCACCGGGGGCCCUGGCGUACGGGGCCUUCGGGCCGCCGCCUGCCUUCCAGCCCUUUCCGGCCGUGCCACCGCCGGCCGCUGGCAGCGCGCACCUGCAGCCCGUGGCGACGCUGUACCCGGGCCGCGCCACCGCGCCCCCCGGCGCCCCGGGAGGACCUCCGGGCCCGCAGCCGGUGCCAGGCGCCCCGGCCCCGCCACUGCCGCCGCCCGUGCACGCCCUGGGAGGCAUGGACGCCGAACUCAUCGACGAGGAGGCGCUGACGUCGCUGGAGCUCGAGCUCGGGCUGCACCGCGUGCGCGAUCUGCCCGAGCUCUUCCUGGGCCAGAGCGAGUUCGACUGCUUCUCGGACUUGGGGUCGGCGCAGCCCGCCGGCUCGGUGAGCUGCUGAGCGAGGCCGGGCGCCUUCCUGCGUGCCCGAGAGAAGGAGGCUGGCCUGCCCGCCGGACUCCGCACCCAGCGUCUGGACCCCGCACGCACCCUCCGUGAGGGUGGAGGCAGCAGUCAGUGCACCGAGCCGACGCCGGGCUGGGACGCCUGGCCUCAUUCCAGGCCCUGCCUCCUGCAGAAUGACAGUUUGGGUUCAUCUGAGCCCCGGAGCCUCAGCGGUAAAGUGAAGGGGAGUGGACGCCCCCUUCCGGACUCCCAGUUCUUAGAUUCUGUGUCCUCUCCUCUCGGACCCUCCCCCGCCCCAACCCCCAAUCUGAGCCAUCCCAGGCCUUUGCCUGAUUCCCCCUUUCCUCGUGCAAACCACUGUGGUCACUGGGUGCCUGGAGCCGCCCACCCGCCAGGCCCCCACCCAGCUGCCUGGGCCCUGAGGUCUCUGGGCCUCCCGCCCUGGGGAGGGGUGGAAUGUACAGCCCUUGCCCCUGCGGAGUGGAGGAAUACCCCAUCUGACCUCCAGCACCACAAUAAAACUGGGUCACUUUCCA